UGGGAAGCUCUUCUUCCCUAUGCGUCACACGCCGCCGCUGCCGCCGUCUGCUCCUCAUUCCCGCCUGCCCGCUCAAAAAAGUUCUCCCCCAAAUCCCGACCUCCCUGAUUGACACCGAGCAUGGCGGAAGAGCAGAUGGAGGAGGCGUCGACGGCGGGGGCGGCGGCCACGCCGUUCCAGCUCCAGUUCGACAAGCCCAUCCCCUUCCAGAUAAAAAUGGCAGAGUGGAAUCCAGAGAAGGAUCUACUUGCUAUGGUUACUGAUGACUCUAAGGUUGUCCUUCAUCGAUUCAAUUGGCAAAGGCUAUGGACUAUCUCCCCAGGGAAGUGCAUCACAUCUAUUUGUUGGAGCCCCGAUGGUAAAAUAGUAGCACUUGGUACCGAAGAUGGUUUGGUUCUUUUGCAUGAUGUUGAGAAUGGGAAAAUGCUAAGAAGAAUAAAAUCCCAUGAUGUUGCCAUUGUAUGUUUGAACUGGGCAGAAGAUGAGCUUCUAUCAAGGACCGACAAGGAUGGCCUGUUAUCCUAUGAAGACCGCACUGCACGCUUCUUUCCUCCCGCUCCUGUGAUUCCUAGGAUCGGUGGGCUGAGUUCUGGAGACACUGGUCUUUCAGAUGAGAAUGAAGAAUCCAUUCAGGAAUUUUCAAGCGCUUCCUGCCAGCGUUUUAAUAUUCUGUGCAGUGGUGAUAAAGGUGGUUGCAUUUGCUUCAGUAUCUUUGGAAUAUUCCCAGUUGGAAAGAUAAACAUUAAUGAGGUUCCUAUCCAUUUCCAAUCCUCUGGAAACAAAACUAGUUACCGGCUUCAGGAUGCUUCCAUAAGCAAGGUCUGUUUAUCAGGAAACCUCCAUCAGUUAGUUCUCCUGUGCCCUGGAAAGCUGAUUGAUAUUGACAACCUUUCUCAUAGUAAUCACAUUUCUACUGGGUUACAUUGUCUGCAUUUGGACACUUCUAUCUUUUUCAACAGGAAAAAUGAGCUACAUCAGAUCUCCCAACAAGCAUCAAGUAUUCAAGAUCUGGUUGAAGUUGUCCGUUCUUCCCUAUCCAUGAUGGCCAAACAAUGGUCAAGUGCCAUGAACUUAUUUAAUGAAAAAUUCAGCGCCUUGCCUUCUCUGAUAGCUGCCCAUGGGAUGGAAUCUAGCUCUGAGGAUGAGUUUAUGAGCCUUUUGUUUGGUACACGUACAAGUCCAGCACUUCACCAAUUUUUAGUCAGCUCACUUGGUGAAGCGGCUCUCAAGAGAAUAGCUAAGGCUGUUGAUAGUGCUGGACGAGAACUUCGUGUUGUUGUCAGUGAGCAUCUUCAGCCUGCAGUUGAAAUUAUUUCAUUCAGACUUGCGGAACUAAGAGGCCUUGCAAGAUGGCGCUCACGAUUUCAGAACGUUGGGUUAGAUGAAAAGCUUAUUUAUGGUGUGACUGAGAAGAUAGGAAUGCUAGUUGUUCAAGUUGAGCGUUUUUCAAGGGUUGCGGCUACUGUUCUUUAUCUGUUCCAAAAUUUCUUCAGUUGGGUUUUAAAGUGUGUUAAGAUUUUAUUAAGUGAACCAACCGAUCAAGUUCCAGCUGCGAACAGUGAACUCGUGGUGCUUUUUCUGAAGUUCCUUCUUGAUAAGGAUCCAAUCAAACAGUUACUUGAUGCAAAUCAAAGAUUUGAGUGUGAUUUGGACACUGUAAGACAUCUUGAGCAGCUAGUAGUUUUGGGGGGAUUUACAGAUACCCAUUUUUUGGAAAAGACUUUAAUGAAGCAAUUUAAUGAGCUGGAUGAAAGCCUGGAGGAGGCUUUCUCGAUGCCAUUCACCACUAUUUCUUCACAAAUACAUUGCCAAGAAUUGCUUCCUCUUUAUCCUAUCACGUCAUCGGUUGACUUGUCAUCAACCUGUAUUCUGACAUCAGUGUCAUUCUAUAAGCAGGAUGAAGAUUCUCAGAAUAGUGGGUCUUCAUAUAGCUUGACUGACUAUAUAUGCUUCAAGAUACCCGAUGGAUCCUUGAACUUGAAGAAUUGCAUUGGUGUGAUAAAGGACUUCUCUAACUCUUCUGCCAGCGGACCAUCUUCUUCAGGAUUUCUAUUGCAUAUACCUGAUGAAUAUGAGUGCGUUGAUGUAUCUCUUUACAAGGACAGCCAGAUUGUUGUACUACUCAGUGAAAGGUCAUAUUCUGAUGGUCCUGGAAGUUCUUAUAUUGUAAUGCUGCAGAUGGAGAACUUCUCUUUUGUGCCUCUCUCAAGGAUGUUCCCUUCAAAUAUUUACAGUGUACAAGAGCUGUCGGCACAGGAGCUCCAGUUGGACACCGACUAUGGGAAAAAAGUUCGUAGCAUACCUCACGCCGUGUCCACUCCACUGGCAGUCAGUGCCUCAAGAGGAGUGGCUUGUGUCUUUUCAUCUCGGCGGCAUGCUUUGGUUUAUAUCCUUGAUGAAGAUGAGGAUGAGGAUGAGGAUGAAUCUUCUGAUAUGGAAUGAUCAUUUUUAUCUGAUUCACAACAGCUUGCAGCUCAUGCGCAGAGUCAAGGCAAUUAUGUUGGCAGCCUGAAACUAAGCCAUGUCCCGUUUUGACGACCUGUGCAAAUGCAAUUCUUUGGUCUAGUUCUGAAGUUGUCGCGGGUCGUCGUCAAUCCGCUGAAGUUGUGGUGAAACUGUGACCAGCAUGCCAGGCUCUAAAACUGGCCAGGAUUCAGGUAAAUGGAAAUAAGGCAGCUUUGAACGAGAAGUAGCUUGAAGACGCCUUAAAAUUUCGUGAUUUACCUUGGCCUGAUCGUGUUGCCUGUUACUCUGUUAGAAUGCACGGUGUUGCACUGCUCAUCGUGCGAAGACGUGUUGGUAACCUCUAAAAGGCACUAGGCCAGGUUGUCAUGUAACAGUACACCAGGAGACUCUAUCAUGUGGGUCAAUGAGUUCGAGUUCCUCUCUGGCUUUGUUCUGUUCUGUACUACUCAGAUGGGGUUAAAAAGAAACUUGCGAGGUGAGCUAAUUUAACUGGGGAGUACUUAGUUGUGGGGUUUAAUUGUUUUCUGGGAGUAAUACUACGUCACAUUUAUGCCCGUUGUCCUUUCAUACGAGCGGUGUCAUUUCUUCAUACUCCAGAAGUCCAGAUCAUAUAGUCAUCCCAGAAAAAAACAAUUGCUGUACAAGUCGCUGCAAGCAUCACUAGUGGGCCUCACCAUGGCACUAUAUUU